AUGUAUUCGGGCAACAUCACGCGCAUCUACACGUCCACUCCAGACCCUUUGGAGUGUGGUAUACCCAAGCGCGUGCUUCAUGAAGAGCAGCAUCUGGGCGAGAUGCUGGCGUCGACUAAGAAGCGCGUGACGUGGCGUUUUACCCUGGGCGAGUCCGACCGGAUACACGAAGUGGUGCUGGUUCACUCGGUCAUGAGCCACAAAAAGCUGGUGCAGUACGAUGGCCGUCAAGUGCAUUUCUCGUCAACGAAAAUGGUGGGAAAUUGGUGCUUUACGAUGAUUCUGGACGGUCUCCGAAUGGCGAUGGAAGUCCGUAUCAGUGAAGUGGAGUCGGCGGACGUUCCGAAAUAUGAUUUUGUCGUGAAUCGAAUUCCGUUUCGUCGCUGGGAUGUCUAUCGUCGCAAAAAGCACGCACUUGCUACAGCUCCUUAUGCUCAGCCAAACAGUUCUUCGGGAAAUACCUACGGGACGCAACAUUGGGGACCUGGUGGAGCUACUCCUUCAGAGUCGCAAAACGAGUCUGAGCGACACAGUUGGUCGCCUACGGGCAGUUCUCGAGAAAUUGGAACUUGCAAUUUGCCAAACUCUUAUGCAAGCAAAUCCCCUACACCGGGCCAGCUGCAGUGUGUGAGUGGCCUGUAUCGAAACACCUCUGGACACACCAGCAGCUAUUCCGGAUACAAGAGUGGACCGCACACGUUGCAGCAAACUCGAGGUGCCUCGUUGGAAACGAAGUCGGUUGCACCGGUUAGAGCUGCAUUGAAGCCUGAGAAGCGGCCCGAGAUCAAUUUGAUUGACGACUUUGGUCCUAGUAUCAGUGUAUCGGCGCAGUCGCUGAUUUUCGACCCUUUAGCACGUGCUAAGAUGUCGUCGAACAAGGACGCAGCCGCUCCGGCCGCCUGCCAGCAACAGCAGCAGCAUCAAGCUCCAUUGAUGAGUGUUGUUCCCAAGCCAGCAACAUCUGUUGACCCAUUCGCUUCUGUUGCGCCGCCCGCUGUGCCCAAACCUGUUGCAAUCAUGAACACACACCCGUGUGGCGGUCCGAAUACUGGCAGCUACCAGCAGCAACUAACUCAUCAAAUGGGCAUUAGCAAUGCAAAGCAAGUUUUGGGGUUCCAGCAGCAGCAGCGUCCGAUGGUGGGAACGAGUGCAUCGAUGGGAGGAACGAUAGCAAUGCAGCAGCAUCAACCAGGGGUCUGUGGGUUCUCUACGGGACAGCAUUCUUCCUUGUCUAGUAGCAUGGGCAAUGGGAAUUACAACAACGACAUUACACAGCUCCUGAACCCAGCAAGUGUUGCAACCAGCCAUCAGAAUGAACCGAGCAAGUCUAUUGAUAUUGACGCCUUUGCUGGUAUAGGGCGUUGA